AUGGAUUUAACGGUGGAAUCAGGCCCGCAUCCCAGUACAAAACAAGAAGAACCCGACAAUCCACUCUCUAUCACACCAAUGGCGACUAUUCAUGACGAUGAUGAGCUAUUGCUAGCUCGAAUCGGGUAUAAACAGGAAUUGCGACGAGAAUUUUCAAAAUGGUCGACUGUCUCGUACGCGAUCUCAAUUCUAGGAGUCCUUGGUUCUGUGCCGGCGACUUUUGGUGCACCCUUGGCUGCUGGCGGCCCUGCAACCGCUGUCUGGUGUUGGUUGAUUGGAUCUUGCAUGGCCAUGUGCAUCGGCAGCUCAGUGGCAGAGCUCGUAUCAGCCUAUCCCACAGCGGGAGGAAUGUACUUUGUCACAAAACAUGUGGUGCCUCCGGAUCAAGUUCCUGUUUUCUCUUGGAUACAGGGCUGGUGCAAUCUCCUGGGUCAAACGGCAGGUGUCUCCAGUGUGGCAUAUACUGUCAGUCAAAUGUUACUUGCCUGUGUUAGUAUGAACUCGGAUCUUGUCGACGGCAAGUAUACAUAUGCACCAACGGCCCUGCAAACCGUGUUACUGUCCAUUGCAAUCUUAUGCAUACUUGGAAUCAUCUGCUCCUUGACCACAAAGUCUUUGCAUAGGAUUAUUCUGUGGUUUGCUCCUAUAAACAUUAUUGCGACUAUCUGCAUCUGCAUCUCCUUGGUCACACUCACCCCCAACUUGCAACCAGCAUCCUGGGUCUUUGGCCACUUCACAGAUGGCUCGGGAUGGGGAUCAAAGGUUUUCUCCUUCUUUUUGGGCUUCUUGUCGGUUGCUUGGACAAUGACCGAUUAUGACGGCACAACACAUAUGUCAGAAGAGACCCACGAUGCCGCCGUGCAAGGGCCAAUUGCUAUUCAAACAGCUGUCAUAGUAUCCGGUGCAUUUGGGUGGCUCCUCACAGUCUCCAUGUGCUUCUGUUUGACCGACUUUGAAGGCAUUCUUGACUCUCCCACUGGUCUUCCCGCUGCUCAGAUUUUCCUAAAUGCUGGCGGUAAGCGAGGUGGCACCGUCAUGUGGGCAUUUGCCAUUCUCGUUCAAACCUUCACGGGAUGCUCAGCUAUGUUAGCAGACACAAGGAUGGCAUUUGCAUUUGCCCGAGACGAUGCUCUUCCAUUUUCCAAGAUUUUAUCCAAAGUCAAUUCCCGCACCCACACCCCUGUCAAUGCAGUGUGGUUUGUCGUGAUCUUCAGUAUCUGUCUCAACUGCAUUGCAAUCGGCUCUACGCAAACAGCCACGGCUAUUUUCAGCAUCACUGCCCCGGCACUGGACUUAUCUUACGUGUCUGUCAUUCUUGCACAUCAACUAUACAAAUCCAAGGUCAAGUUCAUCGAGGGUCCAUUCACACUUGGCAAAUGGGGAACUCCCAUCAACUAUAUCGCUGUGUUUUGGGUCUUGUUCAUCAGUACGAUCUUGUUCUUCCCGCCACAGCUUCCAGUAACGCCUGCAAAUAUGAAUUAUGCUAUUUGUGUUGGCGGCUUUAUCGCGGCAUUUGCCAUGGCAUGGUGGUGGAUCGAGGCCCGAGGAAAAUACACCGGUCCUCAAACCAAUGACAUCAUCCGAGAAAUUCCCACUGAUGACAACGACGAAGCGGAAGAAUCUGACGGAGGUUCUGUCUGA